AUCAUGGCUCAACCUAUACCUGAACGCGUAACGCGUUAACUCAAAUAAGGUUCCGAGUUGGUCGGCGAGAAGGCAGCAAUUUGGAACACCAAGAGAAAGAGAUCAUGGCUUUGGAUGCAAUCGAAGCUUCAUCUCCUCCCUCUCAAUCACCUUCUAAUUUCUGUUCUUCCAAUCAACUUCGCCACUUCUACGUCGCCGUCGACAGACUCCACUUCAAAAUGGAGACGUUAAUUGACCUCCUAGGCGUGGCCGGUCGACGCACGUGCCUUCCGAUAGUAGUCUGCUGCAGCUCACGUGACGAGCUCGACGCCGUCUGCUCCGCCGUCUCCAAUCUCCCUUACGUUUCCUUGUCGUCUUUGUACAGCGACCAAGCUGAAGCAGAACGGGCUUUAAUUUUGGAGAAAUUUAGGGAAGCAACGAUGAAUUGGAACCAACAAGUUACAGUUCAGACAGGAGAUGGUCAUGAAAUUGGGAAAGAUGAGCAGAAAUCUUGUAUGAUUGUCGUAACUGAUACCUGCCUUCCACUUCUUGCUUCUGGCGAAUCUCCCAUCUCGGCUCGUGUUCUGAUUAAUUAUGAAUUACCAACAAAGAAGGAAACAUAUAUGAGGCGCUUGACUUCAUGUUUGGCAGCAGAUGGAAUUGUGAUCAAUAUUGUUGUUGGAGGUGAAGUGGUAACUCUGAAAAGCUUAGAAGAAAGCAGCGGCCUUAUCAUAGCUGAGAUGCCCAUAAAUGUAAGCACAGUACUUGCUCUUGUUCUUUGAUUUAUGGAUUAGAAAAUAUUAUGAUGGCAUUAACUUGACAAUGAUGCCCAACUAGUUGCACUUGACAGCAAGGAGUUCCUUCUUCAUCUUUGAAAACAAUUUUAGUUUCACUUAGAUUCUGUUUGGUUGAUAUUUUUGCCUUUUUUUGCCAAAAACAGGCAAAUAGCAAAAAGUGAAUUACGAAAGUAUCAACUAAAUGGAACCCUAGUAUUAUCGUUCCAAGUGUAAGGAUAAUCUAUUGGUGGUUAGGUUUUAGAAACUUUAUCCACCAUCUUUCUUUUAGGUUAUGUAUGAACCUUUGUGGUAUUAAUUCUGAAUACAAUCUUGUUGCAGAUUUCUGAGAUUUUAUGAUGAUUUUUGGCCGUCUGCAGUUUCUAAAAUGUGAUAAAGGAUUUGAUGCUCCGCAUUCUUUACAGCAUUUAGAGUACGUAAAUAUAUCUGGUGGUGUAUCAGAUUUGACAUUGAUUUUGAACAUCAUUCUUGUAAUAGUUUAUGCAGUCUCUUCUUAGUUUGUGUUUUGGAUAUAAGCUUCUUUUGUACCUCUAGCCUCUUAUCGACUUUGCACACUCAGUUUGAUUUGGUUUUAAGUGUGCAUCUCGGAGUGCAUCAUGCUUUGCUUCAUGAUGGAGAAAAAACAGUGUAACCAACCUGUCCUUGUUUUGAAUAAAGAAAUAAAUUCGAUCA